GAACUCUGAUCAGAGAAGGUGUGGCCAUAGUUCCUUCUGCUUACUUACAAACCAGAACAGUGACCGGCCACCCAGGAAACACAGUUGCUUGGAAUUGUUUUUCCGGUUGUGAUGAAGCUUUCAUCGACAAGCCUGCGGCCGAAGGUGGCUGUGUUGUUCCUGGUCUUAAUCCAGCAGAGGACAGAAGCAAUGACGAUAACUUCAUCUGGACCACAAACUAUUCAAAAGCCAGCGGGUGACACGGUCCAACUGGGUUGCACCUACACUCCUGCUGCACAAGACGUGGGAGAGCUGGAUAUUGAGUGGAGUAAUGUUAGCCCGGAUAUGACACAGAAGGACAAACUGAUUUUGUCAUACUCAACGGGCGAGAUUCACUACCAUGACAUCAACUCGGACAGAAUCAAAUUCACUGCAACUCCAACGCAGGGGGACGCUUCCAUCUCCAUCUCCCGUGUCACGGACUCAGACACAGGAACCUACCAGUGCAAAGUCAAAAAGGCACCUGGCGUGGACAUGAGAAAAGUAACCCUGGUGGUGAUGGUUCCCCCAUCAGUACCAAAGUGUUGGGUUGAAGGCAGUGAGGAAAAGGGUGGAACUGUUUCUCUGCGCUGUAAAUCUAUGAAGGGAUCCAAUCCUCUCAGUUACACGUGGAAACGAGAGACCGGAGGUGCAAUGCCAACCACAGCAACCCAAGACCCACAGACAGGAGAGCUUCUGUUUAAGAACCACACCGACGGCAACACAGGGAGAUAUGUGUGUGAGGCAAAGAAUGCAGUCGGUCAACAGCAGUGCACCUACUCACUGAAGGCAUACAACCCUACCGAUAAAGUGGGUGUCAUAGUGGGUGCGGUGUUCGGUGCUCUGCUGCUGCUGCUUCUCCUGCUGUUUCUCAUCUGGGUCCUGAUCUGCUGCUGCCAAAAGAAGCGCUACCAGAAAGAGGCUGCAAAUGAAAUUAGGGAGGAUGUCCCAGCCCCAGAGAGCAGACCCACCAGCAGACACUCCAGCUUCCACUCGGUGAUGGGAUACCGCAGUCAUCCUGGGUUGCAAUACAGCCUCGUGGCAAGCCCCCAGCCCCCUGGCAGUGAACUUGGCAUCCCCUCCAGAGGAAACAGUGAUGGGCCAGCUGAUACGAGCAACAGGCCUGCUCACCUUCACUACGACCCUCAAUAUGGAUACGCUGUGUGAACCCAGACAUUAAACUCCACCUGUCAAGUGUAGGAAGAGUGACUCAAAGUGCAAUACUAAAUUUAACUGCAGAACAAUGGAAUGCUGGUGUUGCUAUGGCUCUCACAGGGUUGUCUCACUUUUGUAAACGCUACAAUCGUCUCACAUCAUUUAUGUUAAAACUGUGUGUAAUUUGUAGAUAAAAAAAAAAACAUUUUUUAAAUCCUUUUUCUUUUUCUAUUUUUUUCCAAAAUGAGAAUGUAGCAUUUUAUUCUUUUUAAUAUAAAUAUCUACAGGUAUGCAAGAAAAUUAAAAAACAUUUGAUCAGGUAUGAAAAGUUAUUGGAUUUUUUGAAGUCUGAACAGACAAAUCACAAGAAAAUAAUAGUCUGAAACACAUCUACUUUUGAAAGUAGAAUGAGCUUGCACAACGCAUUGGUUUUGUGUUGACACAGAAAGUUAAGUGCUCGUACCGUCGGCACGGUCAAAAGGUUCUAAACUACCUAAUUAGAAAUGGUAAUUUAUGGGGAAAUGAUAGAGACGUGCAAAGCACUUAUUUUGGUGUGUGGAUGCUGUUUCUAACCGUGAGCUAUGAAGAAAAAAAAUUUAGCAUCGUCUUUGUCCAUCUGUUCCUGACUCCCAUUUCUUUUGGAGAACAAAAAAAAACAAGUUAGCCUUUUUGUGCAUUCCUCUUGUUUUUUGCAACUGUUAAGUAAAACAAAUUUCAAGCUGAACAAAAAGAGUGCCUGCAGCCUCAUCUCUCCAAAAAAAAAAAAAAAAUCCACUGCAAAGCCUUGAUUCUACCUUCAGCCUCAAUGUGUUGAAUUAAUAAGAGGAGCCAAGAAUGGUGUGUGUUAGUGGGCUGUCAGCAAAAAGAUCUUCCCCGGGUCCCCUUAAGAACACGAGCCAUCUCUACUCCAAUAUGUAGAACCAGUUUCUUUUUUUUCUUUUUGUGCCAUUUGUACCCUCACCCCGUUUCCGCCCACACAGAUGACUUUGUCACUUCUUUGCUUCACAUUUAGACAUAGUGACCCAGGGCAUGUACAUUUUAAACAUCUAUCUGUUUGCUCAAAUUAAAUGUUUCAUCAAGUGCA